AUGAAUGCAUUCGACGGGGAUUCCGAUCUCUCUGACGUGUCAGCACCUCCCACACCCGGUCCAGCUGCGACUCCUCGUGCAGCAUCGCCCGAACAAUCACCACCACCAACAACAGCAGCAGCAGCAGGAGCAGCACCUGCCUCGCCACAACCGACGAACACACGGCGGGCAUCCAGAAGGGUGGUGCACACAGUGUCUGCGUCGGAACCCGAUUCGACACCGGUCAAGACACAGCCUCCUGCCAAGAAAGCUUCAAGCAGUACCAAAGCCGGGCCAUCCAACGAAACCCCGACCUCCUCUCGCCGCGCCUCGACGAGAGACCGCAAGCAGCCGGCGCGUCUUCGUUCGCGCUCUCCCUCGGCAGAUCAGCAAGCCAAACCUUCGCCAGUAGCAAAGAGCUCCACAGCCGCCGCUGCCGCUGCAGCUUCUGACGCAGGAGGAACAGCAUCGAGCGCAGUUGAUACAUCAAAGGCCAAGAUAACGGUCAAGCUCGGCAGAAAGCCCAAAGCAGCAGUGGACGAUGCAGCGACAACGGGAGACAGUGGAUCCUCGCGUGGCGCUACGCCGCAGCCGCUGACGGCGGCUUCGACACCUGGCUCGGCUAGGAAAGUGACGCUCAAGCGAUACGUAGGCACGCAAAAGAAGCUCGCUGACGAUUUGCGUGAUCUGGCGGACGACGAUGAAGACGACGAUGGCGUCGUAGAUGCUGCGCCUCAUGAUGCGCAUUCCGAAGACGACUUUGUGCCCGACCAAAGUGCUGCCGGAACCAAGGGGCGAUCGGCCAGCGGUAAACGGGAUAGGAACGCACGUGGAAGGGCCGAAGGACGCCGCAGAGCGGUGAUCGCCGACGACGAGGACGGAAAUGACGUGGACGAGGCGGAAGGGUCAAAAGCGCCGCAGAGGAAGCGUGCCAAACUGGCAAGCGAUGUCGCGAAGGGAGGGGCUAGGGGCAAAGGCAAGAAUGCGCGUGCUGGGAGGAGGACGGUGGAGUACAGCGAUGACGAUGAUGAUGACGAAGACGAGGAGAUGGUCGAUGCUGCGUCUGACGAAGAGGACUUGGUCGAUGCGGCUGCGGCGCUGGAUAGCGAGGACGAUUUCGAUGAUGACGAUGGUCCUACUCGCGCUGGCAAGGGUCCGCGUAAGGGAAAAGAAGGUGGCAAGAAAACCGGUGGUCGUGCGUCUGGUGCUGCGACUGCCGCUGCUACGACUUCGAAAGGCUCGGCGAUGGCAGGAAGCAAGAAACCCGGCCCAACAGGAUCAGCAACAUCGAGCACCAGCGCCGGCAGCAAGGCCAUGUCUGCCGAAGCGCGGAUGCGAGCCUCGAUCGACGCUGCCAAAGACAAGUCUCUCAAAUCAGCCACUGGCACCGCUGUUUCAUCCACCAAACUUAACCCGCAAGCCUCGGCAUUCCGUCCCAGCGUCAAGGCGGGUCCUGGCGGCGCAUCCACUCCAACCGGCGCAGGCAGACCUGGCCCCACCCCAUCUGGCGGUGCAGCAGCAGCAGCUGGAGGCGUCAAGCGCACCCCCUCCACAGGCGGUAGUGGCGCCAAACCGGCGUUCGGAAAAAGCAUGUCGGGCUGGGACCAGCUGUUCGGUGGCCUUUCUGGUCUUUCUUCCUCCUCGCCCAAGUCUGCGCCGACGAAGCCCGGUGCACCUGCGGCAGGCAGCAAGCCGUCGACGCCAGCUUCGGCAACGGGGAUCCGACCUGACCCGCGACUGGAGGCUGCGACCGCGGCGGACAUGCAGCGCUUGAAGCAGCAGGCGUCCCAGUCGUACCUGAACACGGACGAGUGCUUUGAUCUGCUGGCGCAUGCAGACAUCAUGCUGGCCUUCGAGAGGUCGGUGUAUGCCGAGGAUCGCAAGUUGGCGGCGAGGUUGCGGCCGGCCGUCUGGAAGGCCGGCGCUGCGAUUCAGGGGAAGGCUCAACAGGUCCAGCAGCAGCAGCAGCAGCAGCAGCAGCAGGCUCAGCAAGCUCAGCAGCAGCAGUGA